AUGGUCAGCCUCAGCUCAGGGCAGAGACCAGAGAGUCCCGGGGAAGUGGAAGGGAGAGCAGGCCCACGCUGCCCUCCACGAGGCCUCACGUCUGUCCUUCCUUCCUGGCCCACAGUGUCCGUGAGUAUCAACAACCUGUACCCUGGCUGCGAGAACGUGAGUGUGAAAAGUCACAGCAUGGUGUUUGAGCCAGGCCUCACCAAGGGGAUGCUGGAGGUGUUCGUGGCCCCGUCCUACCACCUGCACUGCUCAGCCGAUGACCAGUCCACCAAGGCCAUCGACAUCCAAAACACCUACUUGAAUUGGGUUGGCAACUUCAGCGUGUGGGAGUUCUCUGGAAAUCCCGUGUACUUCUGCUGCUAUGACUACUUCGCUGCAAAUGAUCCCAUGUCCAUCCACAUCAUCUUGUUCAGUCUAGAAGAACCCUAUGAGAUCCAGCUGAACAAAGUGAUUUUCUGGCUCAGUUUCCUUAAGCCUCUCAUCCCAAUUGAAGAGCACGUAGCCUUUGGCGGCAAGCUGAAGAACCCACUCCGAGUUGUCCUAGUGGCCACCCAUGCUGACAUUAUGAAUGUCCCCCAUCCAGCUGGAGGGAAGUUUGGCUAUGACAAGGACAUGUCUCUGCUGAAGGAGAUCAGGAACAGGUUCGGGAACGAUCUUCACAUCUCAAAUAAGCUGUUCGUGCUGGAUGCCGGUGCUUCUGGCUCUAAGGACAUUAAGGGUCUUCAGAGUCACCUGCAAGAAAUUCUGAGUCAGAUUGUCUCGGGCUGCCCUCCCAUGACACACCUGUGUGAGAAGAUCAUCUCCAUGCUGCCGUCCUGGAGGAAGCUCAACGGGCCCAACCAGCUCAUGUCGCUGCAGCAGCUUGUGUGUGACGUCCAGGACCAGUUGAACCCCCUGGCCAGCGAGGAGGAUCUCAGGCGGGUUGUGCAGCAGCUGCACAGCGCCAGCGAGAUCAACAUCAUGCAGAGUUAGAGGGUGCAGGACGUCCUGCUCCUCGACCCCUGCUGGCUCUGCACCAACCUCCUGGGCAAGCUGCUGUCGGUGGAGACGCCCCAGGCCCUGAACCAUUACCAGGGCCACUACACCACCGAGGACAUCCAGCACCUGGUGCCCAGCAGCAACGUGGAGGAGCUGCUGCAGAUCCUAGACACCAUGGACAUCUGUGCCUGGGACCUGAGCAGCGGCACCAUGGUGGACGUCCCUGCCCUGAUCAAGUGGGACAACCUGUAGGGCUCCUGGACAGACGAGGAGGAGGAGGUGAUGGUGUAUGGUGGCCUGUGGAUCGUGCCAGUGGAGCACCUCACCCCCUUCCCAUGUGGCAUCUUCCACAAGGUGCAGGUGAACUUGUGCGGCUGGGUCCACCAGCAGGGCACCGAGGGUGACACGGACAUCCGGCUGUGGGUGAGUGGCUGCAGGGUGGCCAACCGGGGAUCCGAGCUGCUGGUGCUGCUGGUCAACCACGUCCAGGGCAUCAAGGUGCAGGUGCCGGGCCUGGACACGGAGAGGAUCAAGUGCUGUCUGCUGGUAGACUCGGUGUGCAGCACCAUCGAGAACGUCAUGGCCACCACCUUGCCCAGGCUGCUGACUGUCAAGCACUACCUGAGCCCCCAGCAGCUGCGGGAACACCACAAGCCCGUCAUGGUCCACCAGCCCCGGGACUUCUUCCGGGCACAGACGCUGCGGGAGAGCUCGCUCACCAAUACCAUGGUGGGGUACAAGGAGAGCUUCAGCAGCAUCACGUGCUUCGGGUGCCAUGACAUCUACACCCAGGGAAGCCUUGGCACGGACAUCCACGCGUCCGAUCUCAACCUCCUGACCCGGCGGAAGCUGAGUCGCCUGCUGGACCUGCCCGACCCCAUGGGGAAGGACUGGUGUCUUCUGGCAAUGAACCUGGGCCUCCCACAGCUGGUGGCCAAGUACAACAGUGGCCCCGACAGUGGCAGCGCCAGGGACUUCCUGCCCAGCCCCGUGCACGUCCUGCUGCGGGAGUGGACCUCCCUCCCCGAGAGCACGGUGGGCACCCUCGUGUCCAAGCUGAGGGAGCUGGGUUACUGGGACGCGGCCGACUUGCUGAAAGCCUCGUCCGUGUUCAAAAUCAGCCUGGACGCCCAUGGCCAGGAAGCCUACGUGUCCAGCUGCAACAGCGGCACAUCCUACAACUCCAUUAGCUUGGUGGUGUCCCGGAGAAACUCGCUUGCUUGGAUCCCACUGUGUGAUUUAUAA